UUCAAUGUCCCUAUUUUCUCCACAGGAGGCUUUGCCACCUUCUCGUCCUGCUUCCCAGGGCUCUGUGAGGGAAAGCCAGCUGCCAUCCUGCCAAUGAGCAUCUCCCAGCCAUGCUUGCCAGUGGCCAACGUUGGUCCCACACGCAUCCUGCCGCAUCUCUACCUGGGCUCCCAGAAAGAUGUCCUAAACAAGGACUUGAUGACACAGAAUGGGAUAAGCUAUGUCCUCAAUGCCAGCAACUCCUGUCCCAAACCAGACUUCAUCUGUGAUAGUCACUUCAUGCGCAUUCCUGUCAAUGACAACUACUGUGAGAAGCUGCUUCCCUGGCUGGACAAGUCCAUCGAAUUCAUUGACAAGGCCAAGGUGUCUAGCUGCCAGGUGAUUGUGCACUGCUUGGCUGGGAUCUCCCGGUCAGCCACCAUCGCCAUUGCCUACAUCAUGAAGACCAUGGGUAUGUCGUCAGAUGAUGCUUACAGGUUUGUUAAGGACCGUCGCCCAUCCAUCUCGCCCAACUUCAACUUCCUGGGCCAGCUCCUGGAGUAUGAGAGGAGCCUGAAGCUCCUUAAGGCCCUGAAGUCAAAGGGCGACCGGGGUGAGGGGGAUACCCAGCAGGACCCAGCAGAAGUGGCUGAGGGUGGCCGGCACCCACCACCACCUACCUCAGAGAAGGCUGAGGAGGUGCCAAGAGGCACCAGCUCAGCAUCCCCCCAUGGUGACUCUGAGCGGCAAAGUGGGACCCCGAAGGUCCUGUCGCCCACCACCCUGCAGCAGGGGCUCAAUGGCUUGCACCUUUCCUCCGAGCGCAUCCAGGACACCAACCGGCUGAAACGUUCUUUCUCCCUGGACAUCAAGUCUGCCUACUCCCCCGGCCUGCGGCAGGACCCCCCUGGACCUCCUGGCCCCGGGGAUGCCCCUAAACUCUGCAAGCUAGACAGCCCCUCAGGUCUUGGUGGCCUCAGCCCCUUCUCCCCGGGGGCAGACAGCCCCGACCGGCCGAGUGGGCCUGAUCUCCUGCUGGAGGCCAAGGUGAGGCAGCGGCGGAAGCACCGGCACCCGGCAGGCUCGCCAGCCCUUGGCCUCAGCCUCAACGUCAGUGGGGCCUGCGCCACACACAAGAGGCCCAGCGCCGAGGAUGGGCUCAAGCAGUUCAAGCGGAGGAGCUGCCAGAUGGAGUUCGAGGAGACCAUGUCUGAGGGCAGGGCCCGGGAAGAGCUGGGCAAAAUCGGCAAACAGUCCAGCUUUUCGGGCAGCAUGGAGAUCAUCGAGGUGUCCUGACACACACACAGGGUGCCUGGAAAGCGGGGUCAGGGACAGGGCGGGGGAAUAUUUAAGCUGGGGGUAGAGGGACGGUGGGGUUGUGGGGG